UCUCUUGUCAUUUCUGCGAACCAGAAACGGGGUUCUGUAGAGGCAGCUCUCCUGAAAGAGGAGAUAUCUGGUAUCUGUUUUUAUUUCUGGCUACAUACACACCGCGGACUCGACGUUUGGACUGGGUUUUAUACAAUUUUAUUUUAUUUUUGUGAGGGGGGACCGAGAUGGAGGGGUUGUUGAGAAGCUAAUUUGACCGUCCUGAGCAGCAGGUGUACUGAAGGAUAAACCUCCGUGUUCAUGAAACUUUGCUACGAUUUGCGUGCUGGAGUCGGUGCACGAACGAGAGAAGAAACGGGACCGGAGCGGUCGGCGUACUCUUCCCAUCCUGUUUUCCGGGUUGCCGUCCGCCAUGUUAAGGUAAAGCCGAGGAGCGCGGCGUUGACCAUGCUGAAGCGCCUGGACAAGAUCCGCUUCCGAGGCCCCAGGACGAGAGACGAGUUCCCGGACCUGGGCGAGUCUCCGCCGGCCUCUGACAGCGAAUGUAACGACGACGUGCAGCUGAAGCCCAGGUCUGCUGUGCGAGACACGGAGGAGGUCCUGCGAGACCCCGCUGGCUCGGGGUCUCCCACGAUGGCAGCGGCCAUUCAGGACUUCCAGAGGUCGGAGUCGGAACGACUCAGUGAGGUCAAAGGUCACCUGGAAAUCGCCUUAUUGGAGAAACAUUUCCUCCAGGAGGAGCUGAGGAAGCUGCGCGAGGAGACCAAUGUGGACUGUCUGCGGCAGGAGCUGGACCGAGAGCGGGGCAAGAGGAUGGAACUGGAGCAGAAGAUGAACGAGGUGCUCAGAACCAGGCUGGAGGACUCUCCACCGCAGCCCCCGCGAAAACAGCAGUCGCCCUCCAACAACGGGACAGCAGAGAAGCAGCAGAAGGAGGGCUGGAGUUCUCGGCUGCACAAGUGGCUGUACGAGCGCCUCGGGGUCUACAUCGAAGACUUCCGCUUCCAGCCAGAGGAGAGCACCGUGGAGGCAGAGGAACCGCUAAGUGCUAAAAGGUUGACAGAAAACAUGAGACGACUCAARCGAGGAGCCAGGCCUGUCACCAACUUCUUAAGGAACCUCUCAGCCUUAUCCAACUGGCACUCAGUCUACACCUCAGCUAUUGCCUUCAUUAUCUACAUGAAUGCUGCUUGGCACGGUUGGGCUGUUCCCAUGUUCCUCUUUCUGGCCAUCCUGCGCUUGUCCUUAAAUUACCUCAUCGCCAGAGGUUGGAGGAUCCAGUGGAGCAUUGUGCCUGAGGUUUCUGAACCCAUGGAGCCUGCAAAAGAAGACUUGACCGUAUCAGAGAAGUUCCAGCUCGUCCUGGAUGUKGCACAAAAAGCACAGAACCUCUUUGGGAAGAUGGCUGACGUGUUGGAGAAGAUAAAAAACCUGUUCAUGUGGGUGCAGCCUGAGAGCACCAGGAAGCUUUACAUCUGCCUGUGGGUGGCUUUCAUCUGCUCCUGCGUGCUGCCGUACAAGCUGCUGGGCUUCAUGAUGGGUGUUUACGCCGGCAUCAAGUUCUUCAUCAUAGACUUCCUGUUUAAGAGCUGCCCGAAGCUCCGGGACAAGUACGACACRCCGUACAUCGUGUGGAACAGCCUCCCCACGGACCCCCAGCUCAAAGAGAGGACCAACGCCACCGUGUCUCGGCGGGUUCAGCCAGUCGUGUCACGGAGCAGCCUYGCCACCAUCCCCUCCGGUGUGAGCCGGGAGGAGGAGACGGGUCGCUCCCACAGCACCAAGAAGGGCGUCUUUCACGAGAUCUUCAACCUGCCGGAGUCAGAGCGCCCUCUGGCGGUGUGUGAAAACGGCUGGAGGUGCUGCCUGAUCAACAGAGACAGGAAGAUGCCCACAGAUUACAUCAGGAACGGAGUUCUUUACGUCACAGAGAAUUACCUCUGCUUCGAGAGCUCCAGCUCCAAAUCUGGCUCCUCCAAGAAAAACAAAGUCAUCAAGCUGGUGGACAUCACAGACAUCCAGAAGUAUAAAGUCUUAUCAGUCCUGCCAGGAAGUGGGAUGGGCAUCUCUAUAGCCACUCCUUCCACUCAGAAGCCGCUGGUGUUCGGUGCCAUGAUCCACAGAGACGAGGCGUUCGAGACAAUCUUCACUCAGUACAUGAAGAUCCUGACCACCUCCAACCCACCGGCCAGCCCCGAGCUUUAGCCUGCCAAGCCUCCUCCACAGCGGGGCUGAACACAGAGGCAGAGAGCCUCCUCCUGGAGGACUCCUCCUUCCUCCGGCGGCGGGUGGGCGGYGGCCUCCUGAACCAGCGCCGGCCUCAGCAGGUGGAGGCUGCGCUGUAAAGGAGGAGAUCCUGACGGAGGAUCAGUUUUUAUCACUUUAAAGGAGCCGGUUCUCCUCUAAGACCUCACAGACCAACAGACUCGCUGGAUGACUUGUUCCUGUGUUUGCAUGUGUGAGUGUGGCUGCACCGUUUUUUACUUUUAUUUUCCCACCGGAGUGAAGUCUGAUGAGGUAGGAAGACUUAAAAACUAAAAAAACUGGUAAAAAACAAACUUCAUGUUAAACCGGUGCGUGUUAGCGUCUUUAAAACGUGUUUAAUUAACUGUGAAAAGGCCUUUUUUUGUUAGUUGAUUGUAUCUUUUUUUUUUAAACGUGGGUCGUCACUACGUUCAGCCUCUGCUUCUGUGUUUGUUGGUGUGCACAGUCCGUGAAACGUGAUGUAAUUUUAUGCCUUUUUGUUGUUAUUUUUGUAACAAACGAGCCUUUUUUUAGUGGCGUAGCUGCCGGUUCUGAGACGAGCACAACACUGACUGCCAUUAGACACAGCUGGGGCAGRACUGGGCUGAGUGUAGUUUUAUUUACGUUGCUGGAUUUUACCUGCAGUUGUUGAGAUUUCUAACUUUUUAAACGCUUUCAUCUCAUCGCUGCUUUUCYAGUCCCGUGUUCACCCGGACGCUACAGUCUGACAGUAUUUAAGARUCUAAGAUGUAAACCUGCUUUAUAGGGGGAAUUAAAAUCUGAUGGAGGAUUUAUUUUCUAAAGCUGAGCUGAUGAGCUACAGGAACACGCCUGCAGCUGAAGGUGGGUGAGCGAGCGUUUUUCCUCAGAAACAAAGCUGGAUCUUUGUUCUCUCGCAGAACGGUGUAGAAAGUCGAUGCCAAACCUCCGACUGUCCCUGCAGCACAGCCUGUUGUCCCACAGCACUGUUUAAAGGGAAACCUUGACAUGGACUUUGAUUAGCUGAGUCAGCACUUUAACCGUGUUUCAGRUCCUCCUGUAAGGCAGAGAUCUGGGAUUAGCUGCCCGUCAGAGCUGCCUUGAUGUCGAGGCUUCUCUCGCCCACCGACCCGACUGGAUAUGAAGCUGACAGRAGUGCAGCUGACCAGUUCAAACAUUCAGUUUUUUUCUUUUUACUGCCUUCGUAAACGUGGCUCUUUUUAUUUUUCCUGUCAGACGCUGAAGCAGGCCGUCGUCUCUGUGCGAUCACAUGGUUUUAUUUUGCCUUUUAGCACCUGAUCUGUCUGUUUUUGCUCAGACGAAGCACAGAAUGUAUCAUGUUUUUAACGUCUUAA